AUGUGGUUUAUUUUAUUAUUUAUAAUCGAUUUUAUCGUUGCAAAACCGAUUUAUUAUGAUAGUGCACUUGGUUAUAAAUGUGAAAGAAAUGAACAUUGCGGUGGUCUUGUACCAAAUUCAAUGUGUUUUAAUAAUAAAUGUAUAUGUCAAGUUGGAUAUAAAUCUGAUGGCAUUUUUCGAUGUGUAUCUGAAAUACGUCAUCGUCGACAAAUUAAUUUUGGAGUUCAAAUGUUAGGUGAAGAAUGUGAAUCAAAUGAUGAAUGUCGUCGAACACCAGUUGAUGGAACAAAAGUAUGUUUAUUAAAUCGAUGUCAAUGUUCAUCUGGUCAUGUACCAAUUGAUGCUUAUCGAUGUAUUCGAGAUUUUGAACAAUUAUCAUCAAAUACACGAGUAAUAAAAACAUCUGAAAUAGAAGAACCUCCUGGUUAUGGUUCAAGUUGUUUGACAAAUAAGAAUUGUCAACAUUCAACUGUUCAACUUGAAUGUUUUCGUGGAACAUGUGUUUGUUUAGAAGGUUAUGUUCCAUUGGGAAAAUAUUUAUGUUAUAAUAUUCGUGGACAAGGUGCACCAAUCAUAGAAAGUUCAACUCUCACUUCUACGCUUUCUACAAUAACAUCAACAUUCAAUUUACCAAAUAAUGAAAUUGUUAAAUCUUUAGGUAAAUUAGGUAAUACAUGUACAAGUGAUUAUUAUUGUCGACGAUCAGUAUCUCAAUCACAUUGUUAUAAUGGAAAAUGUUCAUGUAUUAAUGGUUAUAUAUCAGUGGAUUCUUAUACUUGUAUUGAAGAUACAAAUGCAGAUUUAACAGUAAACUCUGUUGGUUAUAAAAGUCUAUUAGGUGGAAAAUGUAAAACAAAUCAGAAUUGUCAUACAUCAGAUGCAAGAUGUUUAAAUAGUAUUUGUAUUUGUCCAAAAGGUUAUUUUCCUAUUGAUAGUUGGAAUUGUUUAAAAGAUUCAGAUGUAUCUAAUGAAGAAUUAAUUCAAACGACAACAAAAGCUUCCACGACCACGACAAGAGCAACAACAAUAACAACAACAACAACAACAACAACAACAACAACAACAACUACUGGUUUUCUUUGGUGGCCAUGGUCACCAUCAUCAACAACACAACAAUCAUUAAUUAAUUUAAAAAAUACAUUUCCUUUUCGUUGUUUACUUAAUCGACAAUGUAUUAGUAUGGAUAGAAAUUCUCAUUGUGCAUCAUUUGGACGAUGUGUAUGUAAUAUUGGUUUUAAAUUAGAAAUGACUAGUACAGGACAACAAUGUGUUCGAAAAAUAAUCAAUAACGAUGACUGUGACUAG